AUGACAGGUAUAGUAUACGAAAAAUUGGAAAAAAAUGACGAUCCAGCGGCGGCUACAUUGCUAAACCCGAAUACAGCAUCUGUUCGUGUUCGUCAUUAUUUUGUAUUUUCAUUGAUUUCAUCACUAUUAUUAUGUCCAACAACAGGUCUUAUUGCAUUAGCUUAUUCACUGAAAUCCUCAGCCAAAGCUGAUGUAAAUUUUUUGGAUAAAGCACGUUCGUAUUCACAUCGUGCAUUAAUAUGGAAUUUAAUAUCAUUGGUAUUGUUUACAUUUUCAUUUAUGAUGACGUUAGUUUUUGUUUAUUAUUUAAAUCAAAUAUGGGAACAAUAUGAAAAAGUUAAUUAUGACCAAUUUAAAGGUGAAUUAAAUAAUCGAAAUGUAGUCAGCAAUGCUCAAAUAGCUGAUUUAGUUCGAGGUCGAAGAUAUCAAACUAAGGUAUGGUGA